UCUCCAUUCUCCACUGUAAUCCAUUUCUUCCCUCCAUUUUCAUUUUCUUUCUCACAUUAUUGUUCAUCAUUUAUCCCAUUUCUUCCUUUUCUAUAAUAUUUAAAAUCCCUUUCUCUUUAGUCAAAAGCACAUUGGGACCCUCCACCAUCGUUCUUCAUUUCCUAAUCACGGAUUCAGUCCAUUAUUAUAAUCCCCACCACUACCCACCAAAAUUCAACUGUUCGAACUUCACAAAUCCCUCUCAACUUUCUUCAACCAUCCCUCUUCUCAAUUAUCCAACUCUACAGCAAAAACCCUUGAUCAUCACAAACCCAUUUCUAGUUCUAUGUUACUUACAAAUGGAAUCAGAACCAUGAAAUGAUGUUAUUCUUCAUCUUCUCUGUUUCUAAUUCACUUUUCUCCGAUACCCAUUUCCUCAAUUUUUUUCAAAAUGCCCUCUAGACCCUUUGCUUCCAGUCCCACCACCGCCGUCGCCGGAGAUUCCCCGUUGUCGAGAACGAAGGUUGUGUUCUUGGCACUCACCAUUUCCGCUUCCGUCGUCAUUUUCUUCUCUCUUCUUUAUUUUCUCUACCAUCUCUAUCAUUCCUUUGUUCACCGAGCUAAAACCAUUCCCUUCGAUUCCAGUGCUCCUCUUAAGCUUCAGCGAUUCUCUUACAGAGAGCUCAAACGGGCUACAAAUCGUUUCGAUUCUGCUAAUAUAAUUGGAAAGGGUGGAUCGGGAACUGUGUUUAAAGGGAUUCUGAGAGAUGGAAAAUCGAUUGCUAUUAAACGGUUGGACUCUGUUUCUCUUGAAACAGAGAGGGAAUUUCAAAACGAGUUGCAGAUUCUUGGUGGGUUGAGAUCUCCUUUCUUAGUGACCCUUUUGGGAUAUUGUGUUGAGAAGAACAAACGUGUUCUUGUUUAUGAGUUUAUGCCUAAUAGAAGCCUUCAGGAAUCGCUAUUCUCAGAUGGGUUUGGUGGAUUAUGUUGGGAAAGAAGAUUUGAUAUCGUUUUAGAUGUUGCUAGAGCUUUGGAAUUUCUUCAUCUUGGCUGUGAUCCACCUGUUAUUCAUGGAGAUAUUAAGCCUAGUAAUGUGCUUCUUGAUAUGGAUCAACGAGCCAAGAUUUCAGACUUUGGAUUGUCAAGAAUAAAAGUUGAAGGAGAAUUUGGUGUUGAUUUGUUCAGUCAAGAAUUGGGUCGAAGCCAAGAGCUAUGGAAGAGUCAAGAUUAUUCAGGGACUUUAGCUAAUGAAACUCCUGCCAUUGGAACUCCUGUGGAAUCCAACACUGAGGUAGAUUUUGCUCUUGCUUUACAAGCAUCUUCUUCUUCUAAAAACAGCAAAACGUCUCAUAAUGUUAAGUGUAUGAAUCUGAAUUCUUUGAGUUAUAAUGCCAAUAUUUCCAAUGAGGGAGAUGGGAAGAAAGGGAAGGAGGUUUCAAGUUUAGAUGUUAAUGGAGCUGAUUGGAGCAAUCGUUUUGUUCCUUAUGAUUAUGGGAUUGAACAUAAUAAUGACUUGAAUUCUGGUGCUGUUUUGAGUGUUGAUAAUGGAGGGAAUAGUGCUAAACAAUGGGGGAAAGAUUGGUGGUGGAGACAGGACGGAAGCGGCGAGUUAUGUAGCAAAGAUUAUGUUAUGGAAUGGAUAGGAAGCCAGAUUUAUCCAACAGCUAAUCCUGAUUGGGAUGAAGAAACUAAGACCAUACCUGAAAAAGCUAAUUGUAACUGUUCUUUUCCAUUGGAGAAUAUGGAUGGUGUGAAUGGUGACUCGAAAGUACCGGAAUUGGGAUUCGAAAACCCCUCGAACGAGUUGGAGCCUAAAGAGUCGAAAACUAGGAACAACAAGAAGAAACAGAAGAAGAUGCAAGAAUGGUGGAAGGAAGAGAAUUUUGCUGAGAUUAGUAGGAAAAGCAACAAAAAAGCAAAGGGUUUAGAAGCCUCAGCUUGUAGCAAAUGGAACAAGAGCCUACAACAACUGCCACAUUUCGGUUUAGGGAAGCGGUUUUACUUCCUUCGACGAACGCAGCGCUUGAGACAACAAGACCCGAACCAGACCGAACUCGACAGGGAGUUUAGCUUCAGAAGAGGUUGGAAGAAGAAGAACAACACUCAAUCCAUAGGGAGUGAUAUGUGCAGUGGGGAUUUAUUUAGUAGAGAACUUAGUAGCACAACAAGCAUGAGAGGAACACUUUGUUACGUAGCACCAGAAUAUGGAGGUUGUGGAUUCCUAAUGGAGAAGGCUGAUAUAUACAGUUUGGGAGUACUAAUACUCGUGAUUGUAUCGGGAAGACGACCAUUGCACGUUCUCGCAUCGCCAAUGAAGCUCGAGAAGGCUAACCUUAUAAGUUGGUGUAGGCAUUUAGCGCAGUCGGGGAACGUGUUGGAGCUCGUCGACGAGAGGUUGAAAGAUGAGUAUAACAAGGAACAAGCAAGUUUAUGCAUAAAUUUGGCUUUGAUAUGUUUGCAAAAGAUGCCAGAAAUGAGGCCAGAGAUUGGAGAAAUUGUGAAGAUUUUGAAAGGAGAAAUGGAAAUUCCGCAAAUACCAUUUGAGUUUUCUCCUUCACCACCUUCAAAAUGGUUCAGUAGAUCAAGGAGGAAACAAAAACUCAAUGCAGAAUAGGGUUUUUAUUUUUUUUAUUUUUGCUCUUGAUCUGUUGGAAAAAUUUUCAGCUAAUCAUUUUUAACUAAAACUUUUUUCAUUAACAAUGUGUUCUCACUGCUGAAAAUAUGAUGUUAAAUUAUAAAAUCUCCGCACACCAUUCCUAA